AUGGUUUCCCGGAAACCGAAACUGGCAGCAUCGCUUCAGAAAGGUGAGCCCCAGUCACCUUGGAAGGAAGAACAACUUCAGUCCCCGGCUUUGGAAGAGCCUCUUCAUCCUCCUCCUUCUUCAGACGCCUCCAAAGCUGCUGGCGCUGCGCAAGGAAAGGCACCCCUCCUGUCCUCGGCCUCUUUUCAGAAGCCUCUCCUGGAUGGAUGGGAUCAGCCCACGGAUGAUGCUUUUGGGAAGCAAGGGGAGCCGUUGGAGGAGAAAGAAAUGGAAAUCACCCACCAGCAGCGUUGCGCCGCUAUUACCAGUGACAUGUGCGAAAUGCUUAUUGGAGAACAGAAGAGCUACCAAGGUUGUUUGAGCAGUGUGGCCGCGUUCAUACUGGAGAGAGAGGUUAAAGACAGUCCAAGCAACUACAAGGAGACUUACGAGCUGGUUGCCCUCGGAACAGGUGACGUGUGCUAUGAGGGCUGGAUGGAAUUCCGUGGCAGGAGAAUCCACGAUAUGCACGGCCUGGUGGUUGCCCGCAGAGCAUUGCUGAGGUACUUCUACAAGCAGCUGCUUAUGUACUGCAGCCAAGGCCCCACCGCCCUGGAGAAAUGCAUCUUCUGCCUGGCAGAAGACGGAGUGCAUCUGACUCUGAAGCCAAAGUACUACCUGCAUCUCUACCUGAGCCGAGCACCUAGAGGAGCUUCGGAGAACUUCCAAACUGCCUCGUCACAGCCGAAUCCAUCUGUCGGAAUCCACGUCAGCGUUAAAGGGGUGCUCAGGCCUGUCUCGUACUGCUGGACCAGCGUGCUGUCCGCCUACGUCUACUGUGUCUCUGGCAGUGACAAGCUGACCCGUUGGAGUGUCUUGGGGCUCCAGGGCGCCCUCCUCAGCCACAUCAUCCACCCCGUGUACAUCACCAGCGUUGUCCUAGCUGACCCUUAUCAAGACCACACCAUCCUUCACCGGGUCAUCAAUGAGCGCCUGCAACUAGGAGCCAAGGAGGACUUCCCAAAGCCCUAUAGCCAGAAAAAGGUGCACCUCUUCAAAGGCCCCUGUGUGGCCCCUCUUGACACGCCACCAGGAUGUUGCUCCCAGAGCCUUAACUGGUGCGGUGGAGAUGAGAUGCUGGAACUUGUGAAUGCGUCCACCGGGAAGGCAGUAAAGGACAUUACGAAUCCAGGUGACCAGUUCUGCCCUAGUCGGCUUUGUAAGGCGGCCAUGCUGAAAUCCUUCAGGAAGGUGGCUCAGGAGAUGAAGAGAACGGACCUGACGUUGCUGCCCACCUAUCACAAAGCCAAGAUUCAAGCUGAAGCCUAUCAGCGUGCCAAGCGCCUGGUCUACUCCCAGCUGAGCUUGCAAGAUUUGGGGGAAUGGCCGCAAAAGGAGUUGGUAGACAUCUUUGCCAGCUAA